AUGUUCGAUGAUGAUUAUUAUAGAAGAUUAAUAGUUUAAUCAUAAAAUUAAUCAGUUAGAACAAUAAAUACUGAUAGGCCAUGGUAUCCUAAGAUGAGAUAGAAACCUGCAGUGAGACCUUUGUUUAGUGAAGAUUUUAAAUUUUUUGUAUUGCCUCCUAAUAAGAUGAUUUCAUUAUUAAAAAGGCACAAAAUAACAAUACCAACAGAUGAAUAGAUAAGAGAAUUUCUUAGAAAUCAUUCUUUAAAAAAUAUAGUAGAUUAUGGAGUGAAAUUAAAAAGCAGUACUGAAAUAAAAGUGCAUCCUCCUUCAGUGAUCAUUCAAGCUCCAAGAAAAAGAGCAAAAACAAAACAACAACUAACAAUAAAUAGAAAGCCUAUGAAUAUAUUGCCUUUUCGAAAUGUAACAGAACCCAGUAANUAAUGA